AUGGUGUCAAAGAGAAGCGCACCUUCCAGGCAUCGUCCUCUCAGCGCCUAUGAAGUCACGUUUGCAGUGCUCUUUGCCGUUUUGCUGCUUCUCUGUGCUGGGUUAAUUGCAGUGUCCUGGCUGGCAAUCAAGGAAUCAGAAAAAGAUGCAGUGUUUGGAAACAGUUAUGAAGCCAGAGGGACCCUGAAAAUAACAUCAGGAGCUACAUAUAAUCCUAAUUUGCAAGACAAACUCUCAGCGGAUUUCAAAGUUCUUGCUUUUGACCUUCAGCAAAUGAUAGAUGACAUCUUUCAAUCCAGUAAUCUGAAAAAUGAAUAUAAAAACUCAAGAGUUUCACGAUUUGAAAAUGGCAGCAUUAUAGUCAAAUUUGACCUUUUCUUUGACCAGUGGGUGUCAGAUAAAAAUGUAAAAGAAGAACUCAUUCAAGGCAUCAAAGCAAAUAAAUCCAGCCAACUGGUCAUUUUCCAUAUUGACUUGAACAGCAUUGAUAUCACAGCGUCUUUGGAGAGUUUCCCUACUUUGAGCCCUGCAACAACUUCAGGUCAUAAAUCUACAAACUCAACCUUUUUUCCUAAAGGCAAUGUCUCAGUGAAGUGCCCGCCUGGGUCAAGGCUUUGUGCUGAUGCUCUAACAUGUAUCGCAAUUGAUCUAUUUUGUGAUGGAGAAUUAAACUGCCCAGAUGGUUCUGAUGAAGACAAUAAAACUUGUGCCACAACUUGUGAUGGAAGAUUUUUGUUGACCGGAUCUUCGGGGUCCUUCGAGGCUACCAACUAUCCAAAGCCUUCUAAAUCAAGUGCCAUUUGCCAGUGGAUUAUACGUGUAAAACAAGGACUUUCCAUUAAACUGAGCUUCGAUUCCUUUAACAUAUAUUAUACAGAUAUAUUAAAUAUCUAUGAAGGCGUGGGUUCAAGCAAGAUUUUAAGAGCUUCUCUCUCAGAAAGUAAUCCUGGCACAAUUAGAAUUUUUUCCAACCAAGUUACUGCCACCUUUCUUAUAGAAUCAGAUGAAAAUGAUUAUAUUGGCUUUCAUGCAACAUACAGUGCAUUUAACAGCAGAGAACUUAAUAAUUAUGAGAAAAUUAACUGUAAUUUUGAAGAUGGCUUUUGUUUCUGGAUGCAGGAUCUAAAUGAUGAUAAUGAAUGGGAAAGGGUUCAGGGCAAUACCUUUCCUCCUUUCACUGGACCAGAUUUUGACCACACUUUUGGCAAUGCUUCAGGCUUAUAUGCUCUGAGAAGGCAGACAGUUACUUGGCUAUCUAAUAUUGUUGGAGGAAGAAUCCGGAAGAAGUUUGCUUCCCCCUGUCGGACAGAGUACAGUGGAGUGUCCUUCAGUGCUUUUAAAAACAAGCUCCUGAGUGAUAUCGCAUUGGAUGACAUUAGCCUAACACAUGGGAUUUGCAAUGUCAGUCUUUAUCCAGAGCCAACUUUGGUUCCAACUCCUCCACCAGAACUUCCUACGGACUGUGGAGGACCUUUUGAACUGUGGGAGCCAAAUACAACAUUUACUUCUAUGAACUUUCCAAACAACUAUCCUAAUCAGGCUACCUGUGUUUGGAAUUUAAAUGCACAAAAGGGAAAGAACAUCCAACUUCAUUUUCAAGAAUUUGACUUAGAAAAUAUUGCAGAUGUAGUUGAAAUCAGAGAUGGUAGAGGAAAUGAGUCCUUGUUCUUAGCUGUGUACACAGGACCUGGCCCAGUAAAGGAUGUGUUUUCAACCACCAACAGAAUGACUGUGCUUUUCAACACUGACAAAGCACUGACAAAAAGAGGGUUUAAAGCCAACUUCACUACUGGCUAUGGCUUGGGGAUUCCAGAGCCCUGCAAGGAAGACAGUUUUCAGUGUAAGAAUGGAGAGUGCAUUCCACUGGUCAAUCUCUGUGACCGUCUUCCACACUGUCAGGACGGCUCUGAUGAAGCACGCUGUGUGCGUCUCCUCAAUGGCACGCUGAGCAACAAUGGUUUGGUGCAGUUCAGGAUCCAGAGCACAUGGCAUGUAGCUUGUGCUGAGAACUGGACCACACAGAUUUCAAAUGAUGUUUGUCAGCUGCUGGGACUAGGGAGUGGAAAUUCAUCAAUGCCAGUCUUCUCUACUGGAGGUGGACCAUUUGUAAAACUAAACACAGCAUCUAAUGGCAGCUUAAUACUAACACCAAGACACUGUAGUAGGAAUAUUGCAGAGGUUAUUUCCAAUCUGUGUAAAAGCUAUUACACAGACAAUAUUGUUCCACUAGAAAAGAGGAGGCAACAGCAGCCCAGUGUUGCAUGCGGGGAAAAGAUGGUGGCUCAAGAAGUCAGCCAGAAGAUUGUUGGAGGAAAUAACGCCGGCGAAGGAGCCUGGCCGUGGCUCACUGCUCUCGCGUAUAACGGCAAACUGCUCUGUGGUGCUUCUCUCAUCAGCAACGACUGGCUGGUGUCUGCCGCCCACUGCGUGUAUGGAAGAAAUUUGGAGCCAUCCAAGUGGAAAGCAAUCCUAGGCCUUCAUGCGACAUCGAAUCUGACUUCUCCUCAAGUAGUGACCCGGUUGAUAGAUCAAAUUGUCAUAAACCCACAUUACAAUAAACGGAGCAAGGACAGUGACAUCGUCAUGAUGCACCUUGAAUUUAAAGUGAAUUACACAGAUUAUAUACAACCUAUUUGCUUACCAGAAGAAAAUCAAGUUUUCCUUCCAGGAAGAAUUUGUUCUAUUGCUGGCUGGGGGAGGAUUGUUCAUGAUGGUCCUUCUGCAGACAUAUUGAAAGAAGCUGAGGUUCCUCUCAUAUCAAAUGAGAAAUGCCAACAACAGAUGCCAGAAUACAGCAUCACGGAAAACAUGGUGUGCGCAGGCUACGAAGAAGGGGGGAUAGAUUCUUGUCAGGGGGAUUCAGGAGGACCAUUAAUGUGCCAAGAAAACAACAGAUGGUUCCUGGCUGGUGUGACAUCAUUCGGAUACCAGUGUGCGCGGCCUAAUCGCCCAGGGGUGUAUGCCCGGGGCCCGAGGUUCACAGAAUGGAUACAAAGUUUUCUCCAUUAA